AUGUGGGCUCUUUAUUCAUCUUACCGUGGAUCUAAUCACCAUACUCUUACAUCCAACACCCGUACCAUCUACCCAUCUCAUCCAUACCUCAUCCAUCCCAAUUCCCCAACACCACCAGAAAAGGUCAAUCAAGCAUCCGUAAACCACCCUGCAAGUGUCCUCCAACUAGGCGACUUCGUCUGGAUCCACGACUACCAUCUCCUCUCGGUCCCGCGCAUGCUCAGGAAUGCGAUGCAUUCUGGUGCUGAUCAUCAGCCUUUUCAUCCCUAUGCCUUUCACGAGUUCGGAGGUAUACCCCGUGCCAACCUCAUCUGGUCCCAAACCUACACCCGCCACUUCACGUUCAUUCAUGUAGCUUGUGCUCUGCAGGGCGCGAGCGUUGUUCCAUGUGGUGCUAGGGAUUACGACAGCACGCUCACGCUCGUCAAGACACCAUUGAUGCUUCCUUCUCCUGACUCCCACCGUCCUCGCUGA